AUGGCGCCGACACGGAUGGAGUUAUUGUUGGUGAUGCGAAUAAUUGGUAAUGCAAAUCUUCAUCUAAUACCAAUAUUCCUAUGGGACAGUCGUGCUAAUACCGAUCGCUGUAUUACACACGAUCCUCGUUUAAGGCGAGUGUCAACCUCCCGAACGAAUGAAAACAUCACGAAAAUUCAUGAAGUGAACUUGAAGGACCGUCGCCGAACAAUUAAUGAGCUUCUUGAUAUGACUGGUGUGUCCUGGAGCUCUUGCCAAAGAAUCUUGAGCGAUGAAUUACGAAUGAAGAGAGUUACAGCAAAAUUUGUGCCUCGCUUGGUUAUGGAAGACCAAACGCAGUCACGACUGAAUACGUGUCGUCGUGAACAGAAAAACAGUUGGGAGUUGAUCCGGAUCUUUUUGCGAAAGUCAUCAUUGGUGAAGAAAGGUGGUUCUUCAGCUAUGGCCCGGACACGAAGCAGCAAUCAAGUCGGUGGAAGAAUUCGAUUUCACUACGCCCUAAAACGGCAUUUCAAGUGA